AUGGCUGGGACUAUAGUGGUUUUUGACUUUGACUCGACAAUCAUCGAGUGUGAUAGUGAUAACUGGGUACUUGAUGAGUUUGGUUUAACUGAAAAGUUCUAUCAGCUUCUUCCUAGCAUGCCUUGGAACCCUCUCAUGGAUAUGAUGAUGAAUGAACUUCAUUCACAAGGAAAAACCAUUGGAGACAUUGUACAAGUUUUGAACAAGACUCCAAUGCAUUCCCACAUUGUCCUAGCCAUUAAGGCAGCAUAUUCCCUUGGGUGUGAGCUGAAGAUUAUGAGUGAUGCAAAUAUUUUCUUUAUUGAAAUUUUUUUGAAGCAUCAUGGAGUGUGGAAUUGUUUCUCAGAGAUCAAUGCAAACCCCAGCUAUGUUAAUGAAGAAGGGAGGCUCAGAAUUUACCCCUACCAUGAUUAUCUAAAAUCUUCUCAUGGAUGUAAUCUUUGUCCACCAAACAUGUGCAAGGGAUUGGUCAUAGGAAAGAUCCAAAAUUCGGUGGGUGAUGCAGAAAAGAAGAAAUUAAUCUAUCUUGGAGAUGGAAAUGGGGACUUUUGUCCUAGUUUGAAGCUCAAAGAUAGUGAUCAUUUGAUGCCUAGAAUGAACUUUCCACUGUGUGAUUUAGUAUCUAAAAACUCGAAUAAGAUAAAGGCAGAGGUCCAUGCCUGGAGAGAUGGAGAAGAGCUUGAGCAAGUUCUGCUCCAUAUUAUCAACAAAGCUAUUGGUGAAAGAAACGGCAUUAGUAGUUCUACUACUCCAACAACAAUCUCAAUUGAUUGCAAGUUGGGGCCAAUUUCAAUUGAUGCUCAUAAGCCUUUACCUAAAGCCCGUCCUGUUCCUCAUUAA